GGAUUGAGAUGCACCUUGUUUCAAACCAAUCAGUGACAGAGAAGAAUGUGAUAAGAUUGGUCUUUUCAGGUGAGUUGUAGUGGCAGGCUCACAGGUUUACCAAAGUUGUUCUCAACAGCAACCAUGGCUUUUCUUAUGAGGGUAUUGCAAUUGUCUCUUCUACUUGCUGUGGGGUGUCAAGUACAUGCUUACAGGAAUGUCUUUGCUGAGCCGGAGAAGCCUACCCAUGGGCUGCAUCAGGCUUCUAGCUAUAAGCCCGAACAGCAGCAAACACCUCGCUACAAGCCCAGCUACAAGCCCCAGCAGCAUCUGCCUAGCUACAAGCCCCAGCAGCAGCCGCCGAGCUACAAGCCCCAGCCCAAGCAGCAGCAGCCGCCUAGCUACAAGCCCAAGCAAACUCGGCAGCAGCCUAGCUACAAGGCCAAGCCCCAGCAGCAGCCGCCUAGCUACAAGCCCCAGCAGCAGCCGCCGCCGCCUAGCUACAAGCCCCAGCAGCAGCCGCCGCCGCCUAGCUACAAGCCCCAGCAGCAGCAGCCGCCUAGCUACAAGCCCCAGCAGCAGCAGCCGCCUAGCUACAAGCCCCAGCAGCAGCAGCCGCCGCCCAGCUACAAGCCCCAGCAGCAGCAGCCGCCGCCUAGCUACAAGCCCCAGCAGCAGCAGCGAAAGCCGCCUAGCUACAAGCCCCAGCAGCAGCAGCCGCCUAGCUACAAGCCCCAGCAGCAGCCCCAGCAGCAGCCCCAGCAGCAGCCCCAGCCGCCGCCUAGCUACAAGCCCCAGCAGCAGCAGCAGCCCCAGCCGCCGCCUAGCUACAAGCCCCAGCAGCCGCCUAGCUACAAGCCCCAGCAGCAGCAGCAGUCUAGCUACAUGCAGCCCCAGCAGUCUGGCUACCAGCCCCAGCAGCAGCCUAGCUACAUGCAGCCCCAGCAGUCUGGCUACCAGCCCCAGCAGCCGCCGGCUGGCUACAUGCCGCCGGCUGGCUACAUGCCGCCGGCUGGCUACAUGCCGCCGGCUGGCUACAAGCCGAAGCCCCAGCAGUCUGGCUACCAGCCCCAGCAGCAGCCUAGCUACAUGCAGCCCCAGCAGUCUGGCUACCAGCCCCAGCAGCCGCCGGCUGGCUACAUGCCGCCGGCUGGCUACAAGCCGAAGCCCCAGCAGCCGAGCUACAAGCCCCAGCAGCCGCCGAGCUACAAGCCCCAGCAGCCGCCGAGCUACAAGCCCCAGCAGCCGCCGAGCUACAAGCCCCAGCCCAAGCAGCAGCAGCCGCCGAGCUACAAGCCCCAGCCCAAGCAGCAGCAGCCUAGCUACAAGCCCCAGCAAACUCAGCAUCCGCCUAGCUACAAGCCCCAGCAGAAGCAGCCGCCGUCCAGCUACAAGCCCCAGCCCCAGCAGCAGCCGCCGUCCAGCUACAAGCCCCAGCAGCAGCAGCCGCCUAGCUACAAGCCCCAGCAGCAGCAGCCGCCUAGCUACAAGCCCCAGCAGCAGCAGCAGCCGCCUAGCUACAAGCCCCAGCAGCCCCAGCCGCCGCCUAGCUACAAGCCCCAGCCGCCGCCUAGCUACAAGCCCCAGCCGCCGCCUAGCUACAAGCCCCAGCAGCAGCAGCAGCAGCCGCCUAGCUACAAGCCCCAGCAGCAGCCUAGCUACAUGCAGCCCCAGCAGUCUGGCUACCAGCCCCAGCAGCCACCGGCUGGCUACAAGCCGAAGCCCCAGCAGCCUGGCUACAAGCCGCAGUAACGCAGAAUUUGUACCUUAUGAAGAUUACGCUGAGUACAUUAUCUUCAUUGAAAAGACCCGCAUCAAAUCCUGCAAGAAUGAAGUGGUCCAUAACUGUGCAAAUGUAUUAGAGUUCCUGCAACGACAUGGAUACACUGUCCAAAUGUGAUGUCUACAGCAAAAUAAUAAAACAA